CAAAUCGUUCUCCCCGUCCACUCCGAUUCCCAAAUCCUGAGAUCCAUCUCCUCCCCCUUCCAUCCCAUGGCGGCGUCGGCACCGACGGGCUGCUUCAAGUGCGGCCGCCCCGGCCACUGGUCCCGCGACUGCCCCUCCGCCCCGCCAUCCUCCUCCACCAACCCCAACCCCAAUCCGAACCCCGCCGCCGGCGCCGCCCGCUUCGCCCCCUACAAGCCGAGACAGUUCUCCAAACCCGCGGCCGGUCCGGAUCCGGCGGCUCCGGCGGAGGGCGAGGAGGCGCCGCAGGAUGGUGCUAAGAAGAAGAAGAAGGAGAGGGCGACGCGGCCCAAGCUCACGCCGGACCUCCUCCUCUCCGACGACGGCCUGGGCUUCGUCCUCCGCUACUUCCCCAAGGCGUUCAAGCCCCGCGCCCGGCCCGGAUCCGAGGUGGAAGACCUUGGCAAUCUGAUCAAGCUUUACGCGGACUGGCACUCUCGCUUGAUCCCUUACUACUCCUUCGAUCAGUUUGUGCGCAAAGCUGAGAAAGUUGGGGCCAGUAGCCGCGUUAGGAGAUGCAUUUCGGAAUUGAAGGAAAGGGUUGCCAGAGGGGGGGAUCCUACACUACUGCAUCAACCGCCAGUGGAAGAAGUCAUACCAGAGGGAGAACCUGAUGGAACCACACAAGAAGACCCAAUCCUUGGGACAGAACCUCCGUCGACGGACAAUCAUGAGGAUGUGGACCCAUUUGCGAUGGAAAGUGAUGACGUGGAUCCCAUGCAAGAGGAUUUGCUAAAUGAAAUAUACGAAAAGACAGCCGAUGAACCUGUACUAAGAUCUGGCGAUGGAGGCGCUGAACAACCCGUGGCUCCAAGAGAGGCAGAGAAGCAUCAAGAUGGAGAGGAUGGUGGCGGAAGCAAGCCAAGCAAAGUUGAGCUGACGGAGGAGCAGAAGGCGCGCAUGGAGGCUAACAGGCUCAAGGCGCUAGAGAGAGCGGCAGCAGCUCGGGCUCGCGCGUCCCAGUCGCAGCCUACUACUGAAACUACCACCUGAAAGCGUGCAGGGUUUUGAAUCACUCCGCCUUGCAUGUUUGGGCGUGUAAGCAUAGAUGGUGUGUUUCAUGAAGAUGGUGUUCGUUGAAAUUGAGGUGUAAAAUCCAAAGAACCUUUAUGUUCUCCAGUCUGAAGCUGGUGAUCUGUUUGCGAGAAGAGUUGGUGAAUGCUGCUUUAUUUCUGUGCUGGUGGUGGUAGACAAGCUACAGAAUUUAGGUGUUUUCUCCCAAUUUGCCAUGUAGGUAUCCCGGUGCAUCUGUUAUUGCUCCCUGAUUGCAACCUUGAGACAUGCAACUGGAUUCAUAUAUGCAUAGUUACUUUAGAAUGUGA